AUGAGUUCAAAACUAGUUAUUCCUAGAGAAUAUUCCAAGGAAAUCCGUGCGAUGGUUAAUGGUACUUUUCCUUCCAAGCCAAAAUUUACCGAAGAACAAUAUCCUAAGUUAGAUGGUAAAGUUGUUAUCGUUACUGGUGGAUCGUCUGGUCUUGGCUUAGAAGUGGCGAAAUCUCUCUUAGGUUCUACAAAUGCAAAGGUGUACAUAUUUGCUAGAGAUAAGGCUAAAAUUGAUAAAGCUAUUAAAAAAUUACAAUUAGAAGUUGCUCAAGAAUAUAAUAAGAAAGAAUUAAACGUUCAUUCUAUUGUGAUUGAUUUAAGUGAUUUGACUACCAUCAAACCAGCUGCUGAAGAAUUUUUAAGUAAAGAAAAGAGAAUAGAUAUUAUCAUUCAUAAUGCUGGUGUAAUGACUCCUCCGCUUGGAUCCAAAACGAAACAAGGGUAUGAGUUACAAUUAGGAACCAACAACAUAGGUCCUCACUUACUUCAAAAGUUUUUAGACCCUUUGUUUAUCAAAACUUCAAAACAAAACAAGCCAGGAGAAUCAAGAAUAGUCUAUGUUUCAGCCUCCGCAAUUUUUCAUGCCCCCAAAGGUGGUAUUCAUUAUGCCGAUCCAAAUUUUAAAAGUACUAAAGCUGAACCUUUCGAAAUUUACGCUCAAAGUAAAGCAGUUAAUAUCUUAAGUGCAAAAUAUUGGACAAAAGCCCAUCCAGAAGCUACAAAUGUUGUUACGGUCAGUUUAUGCCCUGGAUUUUUGAAAACUGAAUUGCAAAGACAUUUGGUUGGAUUUGAAGCAUUCAUGAUUAACAAGUUGGUUCAUAAGGCUAGACUUGGAGCAUAUACUGAAUUAUACGCAGCCCUUUCCCCAGAUUUGACAAGAUCAAAAACAGGAUCCUACGUUGAAUCUUUCGGAAAAUUAGGUAAGGAUAGAAGUGAUUUAGAUGUUAUAGCUGCAAAGAAAGCUUGGGAAUUUUUAGAUCAACAAGUUGAACCUUACUUGUAA